CUCCAGCUCCUGUGUACCGACAUUCCGCCACGGUGUUGUGGCCUACAACCCCUAUGUGGGCACUAGAACCAAUGGUGAUAGACCCGGAGUUACUCCAUGUUAAGGCAAAGAAGGAAAGUGUGGAUUUAGUAAAUUAGUUCUAUAGUUACAAGGAAAGUAGAUACACAGAGUAUGUGCCGGUGUUUACGGUCGGAUCGAAAGAUCCAAAAACAGACAACGCUGGUUCUGCAGUUGCAGUUCCUAGCCAUAGAAUGGAAUCAUGCAAACGGACAUCAAACUUCCUAAGUGUAUAUACGGUUGAGUUGUAUGCCAUUUGGAUGGCUUUAGAGUGGGUUGAACAAGUAAAACCUAACAGAGCACUGAUUUGUAGUGAUUCAGCAUCUGCUUUGUACAGCCUAAAGCUAGGUACAUCCCGUAAUUGCCAACUUGACUUAAUAUUUGGAAUAAUGGAAAUACAUUCACAAGUAAUAAAACAAGGAACUGUGGUCACACUCAUUUGGGUUCCUGCGCACUUGGGCAUUGUGGGAAAUGAGAGAGUGGACAAACUAGCCAAAAAAAGCUGUUAAAAAAGAGAACAUAGACACCAUAAUUAAUCUUUCAAAAUCGGAAGGAAAGGGUAUUGCAUGGAUGGAAAUCAAUAAAGAGUGGCAGCAGCUCUGGGAUCGGGAGAUAUGAGGAAGACAUCUACAUGCAAUUCAAAACACAGUGGGUAGGGAGAGAAACAGGAGAGGGAGUAGAAAAGAGGAGGUAGUAAUGACCAGACUAAGAAUAGGACACAGUAACCUGAAUGGGACUCAUUGUAGGGAAGCAUCCAAAAGGACUUUGUGAAUAUUGUCAGGCACCCAGAAACUGUAGAACAUGUACUUGUUAACUGCAGGAAAUGUACAUCUGAAAGAAAGGACAUGAUGGAGGGAAUGGAAAGGUUAGGGCUGACAGCAGCAGGUUUUAAGGGCAUUCUGGAGUGUGGUGGAAGUGGACAAGGCAGGAAGUAUCUGGUUAGCAUUCUUAAGAGAACUGGAUUUAUAGGAAAAAUCUGACAAAUCGGACACUGUAGGAGUUAACUAAUUCCAGAAGAUGGGAGUAAUGCAACACCAAGGAUUCAAUCUGCCGUUAAACCCCAAAGAAGAAGUAAUACAUUCCCUUCACUGAACUCUAUGGUAUGCUCCAUGGUUUCACCCGAGUCUACUGUUUGUAGUUCACGUAAUUAGCAAGACAUGACGACUAGUGCUUCUUUUCAGGUUCAGAUGGGCUCCAUCAUGGAGGUUUUAACUAAAACAGCACUCACAGAGAUUACUAAACUAGUCGACGACGCGUCUGCGGCUUUACGAUUGGAAAUAUGCAGAAGCCAAAGAGAGAGCGAGGCGCUAAAAUGUAAGUUACUGGUUUUGGAGGGAGAGCUCAGGGCUGCGCGAGGAUGCGAAGAGGGAACGCCGAACAGUUCUCUAAACAUCGAUUUUGAAGUUAAGGUUUGCGACGAAUUCAGAGAAGCACACAACUCUACGGUUGCAGGGAAAGGAAAUGUCGCCGUAGAGAGAGUCUUUGACGGGCGAUUGAGCACAAGUCCGGCCGAAGAUGAACAGUACGUACUCGUGGAGAAGAAAAAGAUUGUUCCGGAUGGCUUGGACAUAAAGUACGAGCCUGAAGACGGGGAGCAGGAUUGGUCAGAAUCUGUGCCAGUCAGCAAGGAUCGGCUGGAAGAGGACCCAAAGACGAGCCAAUCACAGGCAGAACAGGAAAUCUUUGAGGAGACUAGCUGUGGCACAUCAGGGGCAGCCGUAGCUGCUGCUAACGGUGGUGAAGGACCCCUCUGUGAGGAGGAGGAGCUGCACAUGCAGCCCUGCCCUGCAGGAGACCCAGAGAAGGGGCUGCAAGUCAAACUGAGGCAGGAGCCGGAGGGGGAGCGGGAGCGGGAGCGUCCCGACCACGCUGUCCCCCUUUUGGGGUCCGGAGACUUGGGGCUGGAAUUGCCCUCGGGAAUGGUUUCGGAAGGAUGCGGACGGCGUGGAGGAAGAGCCCCGUGCGAGGCGAGUUCCGAUGCGUCAGCAGAAGCAGAGAGUCGCUGGGGAAUAGAGGGACGGGAGGAGUUCAUCUGCACGUGCUGUGGGAAGACGUUUCCGGACGCUCUCGAGCUGCAGACGCACGAGGAGGAGCAGCGCGGCACGUGGAAACGUUUCGGCUGUUCGGAGAGCGGCAAAGCUUUCGCUUGCUCCAGCAGGAAGAAACCAUUCGCCUGCUCAGGGAGCGACAAAACCUUCUCCCAGUCUCUUUGGGAAGAUCCUGGAGAGGAAGACUCCGAAGCCGGCAGUCCAGGCGGCGGGCUCUCGGACGAAGACGCGCGCCCUUUCAGAGCCCCGCCCCCGGGGGCGGACGGUCUCCCGCCGGGCCUGCGGGGGCGGGAGGGGCCGCGGGCCGGCGACGGGCCCGUUCCGGGGGGCCGCGGGGGGCUUCGCGGCAAGCGGCACUACUGCCUCUACUGCCAGAAGGGCUACUGCAAAAUCGCCCGGCACCUGGAGGGCGUCCACCUCGGCGAGCCGGAGGUGGCGAGCGCGGUGCGCUUUCCCAAAAACUCCAAAGAGAGGCGCCUGAGGCUGCACCAGCUGCGAAACAGGGGCGACUUCACCCACAACUCCCGAGUGGCCCGGACCGGGGCCGGGGAGCUGGUCGUCUGUCGCAGGUUUGGCCCUAAACGGGAGCUCGGCGACUUCAGGUACUGCCUGCACUGCAAGGGGCUCUUCUCCAAGCUCCUCCUGUGGAAGCACAUGAAGAACUGCAAGCUGAAGCCGAAGGAGGUCAGAGACCAGGCCUCCAAGUUCAGACGGGCACGCGCGCAGGCCUGCUGGGCCCUGCCGACGCCCUCGACCCCCAGCGUCAGCGAGGACCUGAAGAGGCUGGUGAGCGGGAUGAUGGAGGACGACGUUUUUGCCACCGCGAAGGAGGACACCUGUAUUCUGAAGCUGGGGGAAGAUGUGCUGAGAAGAUCGGGAGGCGACGGCAGGAGGUACGAGUACAUCAGACACAGGCUCAGGACGGUCGCCAAGCUGCUGGUGGAGGUGAGGAAGAGGACGCCGCUGAGGAAGAUGGAGGACCUCUUGACCCCCUCGAACUUUCCUCACGUUGAGUCGGCCGUGAGAGGCCUGGCAGGUUUCGACGAGGAGAUGAAGUCGUGCGGGACCCCUUCUCUGGCCCGCCGGCUGAGCUGCGACUUGCAGGGCAUCUGCUGCGCGGUGGAGGACGAAGCCUUGGCCGCGGGAAACUCGGACCUGGCGCAGUCCGCUCGCGGCUUCCGGGCGAUGCUCCGCGAGAGGUGGGGCGAGCUGGUCCCCUCGGGCGCCCCGGGCCCCGUUUGGGAGGACGAGCCGGCCCCGCCGCUGCAGCUGAGGCUGGUGCGGGACGUGAAGUUGCUGAGCUCGUACCUGGACAGGAAGCUGGAAGGGAUGCAGAGCCGGUUCCGGCGGGAUCCGACGCGGCGGAGCUACGGGGGCCUCGCCCAGGCCGUUCUGGCGCAAGUCAUGCUGUUCAACCGGUGCCCGCGGGGGGCGGUGUCCGCGAUGCCGCUGGCGGCGUUCACGUCCCGGGACGCGACCCCGGGCGGACCCCUCGCCGAGGACGACUCCGUUUCCGGGCUGGAGAGGAGGCUGUGCCGGCACUUCGCCCGGCUGGAGCUCCCCGGGAGGGGCGGCGAGAGGGCGCUGGUCCUGCUGAAGCCGGCGGCGGCGGCGGCCCUGGAGCUCCUGGUGCUGAGCCGCGAGGCGUGCGAGGUGCCGCGGGAGAACGGGCGCGUGUUCGCCCGGCCCGGGGCGCUGUCCUGCUACCGGGGCGGGGCCGCCGUGCGCCGGCUCGCCCAGGAGUGCGGCGCCGAGGACCCCGCCGCCCUGUCGUCGGGCAGGCUCCGGAGGCACGUCGCCGCCAUUUUGAACGUCAUCGGUCUGAGGGAGAGCGGGGCGCUGGCGGACCUGUUCGGCCGGGACGCUGAGGCGAGCGGGCGGCGCGGGAUGCUAGCGGAAGCCGCCGCCGCGGCCGACACCGCUGAAGAUGACUUGCGGCUGGCGGAAAUGGCCGCGGUGUUAUUGGCGGAGGAUGAAAGAGUGAGCUCGGAGUUCAGUGGUGUGGACGACGACGAGGACGAGGAGAUUGAUCCGAAAGAACCUUCAAGUGAGAAUAAUGCGGAAGAACUUGUUGAAGCACCAGCGCCUGAAGAUGCUGAUAACGAUGGUUCCCCUCAGAGUCCAAAACUGAGGAUUCACUGUCCUAAACCAGGUGCUCCCAAGAGGAAGUGGGAGAGAGCGGAGGUGGAGGCUGUGGAGAGGCACAUGAUGGGGUUCAUCUGGACGCGCAAACUGCCAGGAAAGCACGACUGCCUCCGGUGUCUGCAGUCCGAGCCUCGUGCUCUGAAGGACAGAAACUGGUCCAGUGUGAAGUACUACAUAAAAAACAGGAUCACCGCGGCCAAGAAACUAAAGUAGUUCUUUACAUUUUUAAAUUAUAAUAAUAAUAGCUUUAUUUGUAUAGCACUUUUCACUACGGGAAAUAAAGUGCUUCUCAAUCGUCGAUACAAAACACGGAAACAAAUAAAAAUAAUAAGAAGAGACUGUUACAACCCUAGGAAGCCUGGGAAAUGGUUAACUGCGUUCAUUUAUUAUUUUGUUUUAACAAUCUCUUUGCUAUCGUUUUAAUGUUUCCGCUGCAGAUGACGUCUGCUGAUGUAGAUGGUAUAAAAGGAAUGGACCGUUUUUCUUUCAGUGUGAAGACUGUUUUGACAAAAACCCAUUGCAUGGUCUGUAUCAAACCUGGACCGGACCGGACCGUACAGUGGCAGCUGUGGGCAACAGAGAUGGUUCUUCCGUUAAAGUACUGUUUGAGUGUGAGGGUGGGUCUCGCGGUCAGUAUCAAACCUGGACCGGACUGGACCGGACCGUACCGUACAGUGGCAGCUGUGGGCAGCAGCCUCAUGGGAAUAUAUAUGACUGUCUCUAGCAUUGGCAAACAAGGAAUCUUCUCAGGGAGUAACAAGAUUGUUUUUGGGUGUUUAUUUGUUAAAAUGUGUAUUUGCGGAACUCAAUUUUAAAAACCAGGGGUAAGGCAUACAUAUCGGCAUUAUACGGAGUGCAAGUGAGAAGACCAUCCAUCCAUUAUUUAUACCCGCUCAUCCUGAGCAGGGUCGUGUGGGGUGCUGGAGCCUAUAAGUGAGAAGACCAGUAUCAGUUAAAGUAGUUAAAUAAACCAUAAACUACAAAUGACAUGGUUUUCAGCUUUAAGCCUUGCAUAAAAAUGAAUACACAGGUCUUCAUUUAUUUAUCUACUACUACUAUUUAAUCAACAUUUGGCCUCAAAUUCAGCUUAGGAGUGAAGGCGAGCAUCGUACUUUUCCUUCACAAACUCAGUUUGGCCAGUUGUAGUGAUUGCUGAAAUCGGCAAGCAGUGUUUGUGAACAUAUUGCUUUCAUUGCUUCACCUGUUUGGUUUGGUCAAAGUUAAGGUCAAAUGGUGAUAUGAAUCCCAGCCAGAGACAGUCAUUUUAAAAGCAGGUUGGAUUGCCGGUGGCAGAUUCUGUGCUUGUUUCUAGUACCGCUAUUUGUUAUUUUCAUGUUCCAAAAGAACUAUUUAGUAUUUAUAAGAAGUAUUGCCAAUUCUGUUUUCUCACAAAAUAGCGCUUUAAACUUGGCUACCUAAUUAUUGGCAAAGCAAAUCCUUGCAUUGCCCACCCAGUUUCAUUCUGUCCUUGCAGUUCUUAGUUGACCUGCACUGGUAAAGAAAAAUCCUGUUUUAUGAUGUUUUUUUUCCAUAAGAAGGCUUUCAACGCACAGCUAAUGUACAUCUUGAUGUGACUUACUUGGUUUGUUUCAUUGUUAAUUAGUCCUGUGUUGCCCCAAGAAUAAAUAACCAUUGUUGAACUGUA